UUGCGCAAAUCCUCCAACUCGCUUAAUCUGCUCCAAUGGGGAAAUAUGCCCCCAAACUACCGUGAGACUCUUACCAGUCUCCUGCGCCCCUGGUUAGCACAGAGUUGUAUAUAUUCCGGUUAAUCAAGCGAGGAGAUACGGUCAAUCUUGCAGGACAGCAUCCGGCUUUCUGGCCAGCGAAGCAUGUUGGGCCUGGCUUAAUUUAACCAUCGACUGUCUGCCACCUAUUGCCAGGAGAACAUCUCCGGUUCUUCAGCCUGCCAAAGAACAAUACCCCUCUCGCACCCCUCUUACUAAAAGCUGCAAUGGUUGCACGGUGUCCGAUCGAUAUUACAGACCACGACGCUUAUGAUGUUAUAAGAAACUUAUAGAGCCUGAUGGGACUUGUUGGCUUUUCUGCAUUCAUUCAUCCCUCCCUCUCCUUCCAUCAUGUCACCUUCUUUCUCUGUCUUGCCAACUUGCAAGGUUGAACCCCCAAGUACAAAUACUAUUGGUUCAGUGCUCCAACGGCACUUUCCGCCUUCGGUCCAGAUUCAAGAGGUAUAUCCUCUGGAGGGUCAUCUACAUUCCGUCAGUCUCCUGAUACUUUCAAAUGGAGAUCAAUGGCUUCUGAAAUGUCCACCUCGGUCGACAACACCUCUUUUACGGCGAGAACAGCUCCUGCUUGAGACGGAAGCACGAGCCCUGUCCAUUCUAGGGCAGAAUGCAACUCCAUAUGUGCCAUCGUUUGUACAUUAUGGCUUUCAAGGUGGCCCUUUUGGGUCUGCCUUCUUAGUCAGACAUUAUGUCACAGGCAUGACCUUGAAGGAGAUGGGACCCCGACUCACGACGCAAGAACGCCGAAAACUGGACAGAGAUCUGGGAUCGCUGAUCCAACAAAUCGGACAGCCCCUUUCGAACUCCUUCGGCUCGCUGGAGCAGGUGGCCUGUGGGCGGGGAAAGCUUUCCUGGAGGGACGCUUUUGUCGUGCUCUUCGAGGACAUUCUGCGAGACUCAGAAGAUGCUUUUGUUCAUCUCCCCUAUUCCGAGAUUAGGCAUCACGUUCGCCGCUUGUCAUAUGCACUGGAAGAAGUCACUCUACCACGGUUGGUAGUGAUUGGCCUAGGCCGUCCGUCACAAGUAUUUCUGGAUCCGGCGUCCAGAAAACUGUCUGGAGUGACGGGCUUUGGCCAUGCAUUGUGGGGUGACAUAUAUAUGGCCGAGGUCUUCGAGGAUCCUUCGCCUGCCAUGCUCGAAGGCUUUGGCACUCGACUUACGAAGAGCGAGUCACAGGUGACUCGUCAAUUACUUUAUGCUUGCUACCGCUCUGUCCACAACAUCACAAUACACUAUUAUCGCGAUAAAGACAUGACUGCUGAGAUGGAGGCGAGGAGACGGCUCACGACAACCUUGGCAGAAAUGAGUGCCAUUAAAGGGGCUCGAUGAUGUGCCAGGAGUCAGCUGAUUGACGACUAUGAGCAGGUUGGGAUGAUGAUUGCAUGACUUGAAUGCUCGUGUUCUUAGACUGUUCUUUGUUUGUAUUUAGCGAGAACUAUACAGAGCGCAGAUCUUUGAAAGAGCCUUG